AUGUCUAAAAGUAGAAUCUCCGAUUAUAAAGCAUAUCGCGGACUUACUAAAACAUUACUUACAGUCGGAGGUCUCUGGCCUUACAGUAAUUCAAAUAUCUUUUAUCGAUUUCUACCUUAUAUACAGAUUAUUUUAAAUUUAGGAAUGGCCCUAGCGAUACUUGGUUUCGUGCACGAUCAUUUUUCAAAUAUUGCUCUUGUGACACGUGGCAUGAGCGUUAUGACAAGUUUUUUGACGACUAUUUUAAAGGUUACAUGUUUGGUGAUAAAUAAAAAAGAUUUAAUGGAGCUACACGAAAAUCUCGAUCCAUACUUGAAUGAUUUAUUAAAAAAUUCUCCAUCAACAGAAGUUAUUUUAAAAGACAUCAACAGCUUCAAAUUUUUAUCAUGGGGUCUUACUUUUUUUGCAUUUAUUGCCAUGUGUUUUUUAAUUUUUACUCCAUUGCUAUUUAUAUUACACUGUCAUCAACAUGAAAUAGAGUUAAUUAAUUACCCGCUAAUCUAUCCGAGUGUUUACCCAUGGAAAAUAAUAUCAAAUGGAUGGAUUUAUAAACUGAAUUAUAUUUUUGAAACACUUGCAUCAUUAAUACUAUUUUUCGUUACCGCAAGUGUAGAUUCUUUAUUUACUCUUUAUGUUUUUCAAAUGGUUGGACUAUUAAGGGAAAUUUCGUACUGUAUUACACGUCUUGAUGAAAAAAACGUUGAUAAAGACAGUGUAAUUUGUAAAUGCAUUACUCAGUAUGAAAAAUUAAUGAGAUGUCGUGAGAUACUUGAAAAAAUUUAUGGUCCGGUGAUUCUUUGGAUUAUGACAACUAAUGCUGUUGUACUUUGUACAUUAUUAUUCCAGAUAUCACAGAUGAAAAGUAUAUCCGUUACACGAGGAUUGUUAUUCACUACAUAUAUUACAUUGAAGAUGAUUCAAACAUUCAUGUAUGCAUGGAGCGGAUCGUGUUUAACUGACGAGAGUGAAAAUUAUAAAGAUGCUGUUUAUGCCGCCCACUGGUAUGGAAACAAACGUUUCAUGACUUCGGUUAUCAUUAUGCUUGCACAAAGACCAUUAACUUUAACUGCCUGUAAUUUUUCUACUGUUUCGCUUAAAAUUUUUGUAAUGGUACUCAAUACGACAGUAUCUUAUUUCUUCUUAUUACAAACACUAGACUACCAAGAAUAA